ACGGGGGAAGCCUGGAAAGUUACAAGUAUGGCGACUGCACAGUUGACAAGACGUAUUACGACGUCUCUCCUGAAUAAUUCGUUACAUCGACCGGCUGCUUGUUGUCAGAUUAAGCGAUAUCUUAAGAUUGGGGAUACAUUACCAGACAUUAAACUAUAUGAAGAUAAUCCAGAUAAUGGUAUAAGUGUCCGUGAUAUAUAUAAAGGAAAGAAAGGCGUUUUAUUUUCGGUGGUCGGUGCCUUUACUCCAGGAUGUACACACGCCCAUAUUCCAGAAUAUUUAGAAAGUGCUGAUAAAUUUAAAGAAGAGGGAUAUGAUCUCAUUGGCUGUGUUUCUGUCAACGAUCCUUUUGUCAUGGCAGCAUGGGGCCAAGAUUUAAAAGCAGAAGGAAAGAUAAGAAUGUUAGCAGAUACUAAAGGUGAAUUUACUAAAGCUAUGGGAAUGGAAUUAGAUUGUAGUAAAUUAUUGGGAAAUAUUAGAUCUAGAAGAUACUCUUUAGUAAUAGAAGAUAGUAAAGUACAUACCAUAAAUGAAGAUCCACAACACUCCGGCCUUGUCUGUCUACUGUGUAUACGAAAUCUCAAAACAAAAGCACAAGUCAUGUCUUGAUUGUAACCAAUUCCUUAUGAAACAUCUUUUUUUAAUUCUAGGACUUAGCCUAUUAUUUUUGUUUUUUGUAUAAUAUGAGUUGACGUGUAAAUAUUUGUGAAUAUAAAAUGGACUUAAGUUUGUUUUCUCAGCCAGCUUGAGAGGCUUAUACUAGGAGAUCUUGUGUUUGCAGAUCUAAAAUUUUUCUCUUCCGUUUGAUCAUACUUUGGUGGGCUUAUUCCUUGUAAACUUGUUGGUUGUGAUUUAAAUGAACUAAGACUAUUAAUUGCUUCCCCUGUUCUCAUGAAGGAUGAAUGUAGUGCCUCUAUUUAUAGCAAUUCUCACUUUCUUAUACCUUAUGCAUGUCAUUUUUUGCCAGGUUUUGGUGAAUAUUCAUGAUUUUGAAGCAGAAUGAUCAGCAAGUAAACAGACAUGAUAUAGGGUUGUCAUCCAAAAAAGAUGCUUUCACUGCCUAUAGAUUCCUUUGACCUAAUCUGAUUAAAAUACAGAUCUAUAUUUCAUUUCGUUUUUUUAUACUUUCAAUGGCCUCUACUACAUGAAGAUCUGACCAGCUGUAGUGGGAGGUUGGGUCAGGGGUUGCAUGAACAGCUUUUGACCCUAUGAUGUCAGACAUUGAUUAAUCAAUCAGCGUUGACGUUUCUAGUGGUUUACCCACAGUUCCAUGCAUCACACGCCAAGAAGUCGCUGUAACAUAUGGUUUCAUUGGCUAAUAACGCCUGUUAUAUAACAACUCUUCCAGAUCCUAGUGUAGUACAGACAAAUAAAACAAAAUUUUGAACAAUAAAAAACGAAAUGAAACCGGAUCUGUGUUUUAAUCAGAUUGACUUUGACCAGGCCCGGAGUUCACAAAGCAUUCUGAGACUUAAGUUAAGAAUUUACUAAAAAUUGUUCGCCUUAUUGUAAUUAAAUAUAGCCCUUUAUAAAAAAUUGAUUGUUUUAAUGUAUCAAAUACAUCAAUAAGAAACUAUGUGGAAAGUUUUGUGUUUCUGGAUCAAAGGUAUUUCUCAUAAAAUGUGCAUGAAAGUUGAGUAAAUUCUUAAUGUAAGUCUGAGAAUGCUUUGUGAACUGGUGGCUUAGCAAAAAAUAUAAAUGGUCAACCCCUUUAAAGAUUUUUUCAGAUGAUUGUGACAUUUUGAACUCUCUUUGGUUAUAAAGAUUAAGAUCAUCAGAAUGUUCAAAAAUAUGUUAAAGACCAUGAAAUAUUAUGGAUUUAACUUUUAAGUCAAAGGGGAGAGAAUAACUAGUCCUGAUAUAACAAGUUAUCUCCCUUGAAAUAAUUUUAGAAUAUCUGUGUGCUUAUAGUCUACCUAAGUGUAAACAUAUUUCAUAGAAUAAAUGUAAUGAGGGAAAUUUUGAACAGACAUCAGCGUUUCCACGUACUCUUUACAGCAUUCUAUCAAGGGUUCUUUUACAUGAUGCCAAUGUGUACAAAGGACAAGACACUCUUCUUUGUCAGGCCCUCCGUCCUCCACCACUGAUAACAGGUACAUAGACUCAAAAAUACUAUGGAACUUUCUCUUUCAGCACCGAGACUCCUAGUUAGUGAGCCAGCACUGUACUCACUGAGCUGUGUAGCUCCUUUAUAGAAUAUAUUUUAUUAGUAUAUCAGUAUUUUUAUACUCAAACCUAAAUGUCAUUCUAGAGGCAACAUAAAAAUAAUUGAGCCCCAUACUAAGUCCAUGGCUCCUUUAUAGAAUAUAUUUAUUAGUAUAUGAGUAGGAGUAUUUUUUAUAGUCAAACCUAAAUGUCAUUCUAGAGACACCAUAAAAAUAAUUCUGUAAAAACCUUGCUAAUGAUCUCUUGUAAAAAUGGCAGACACUCAGAUAUUUUGAGGUGGACUGGGGUAAAGAAUAAAAUCUAGGGCAAAAUUUUAACUUUUAACAAUGAAAUUGUGUUUAUUCACUUAUAUUCUUGUGUUGUUUGUUUUUGUAUGUGCUGUUUGUUUUCGGUGGUUUGUUUUGUUGAGUAGUUAUUAUGCCUUAGUUUGUUAAGUUUUUGUUUCCAAAAACUGGGCUACUGAAUUUAAGUCUAAAUUUUAAAAAAUUGUUUUUCUUAAAGAUACCUUCCCGCGUACAAACUGUGUGAUUUUUUGAUGAUAUAUUUGGACUAAAAACAUAUUCAAACUAAUCAAUCUAUCAAAAGUUUGCUUUAAGUCCCUCUCAAAACUUUGUAUACACAAAAAUAUACGUUAAGCUAUUAAAAAAAUCUAUUUUUAGAAGCCAUGUUUUUUACCUAACUUGAUUGAGGGAGGUUCCAUUUUCCAGAAUGUAUUUGUCAUUACUUACUGUCCAUUUAUCAUGCAUUGAGGUCAAAGUAAAUUCUUGAAUUAUUUUCUGCCAUUUAAUUUUUCUAGUUAGAUUGGGCAUCUAUACUUUCCAUAUAUACCAAAUUUGCAAUACUUUUAUUGGAAAUAACCACCCGAUGAAUACUUUUGUGGGAAUUUAUGUUUAAGGAUAUAAGCAAGAAAAAUUCAUAUUGGAUUUUUUUUUAAUGGGAUGGAUCAACUAACAGAAUAGCACUAUUUCAAAAAAUAUACAUAAUAGUAAUUUAAAUAUGAAGUUCCAACUAACAAAGAUAAUGGUUUUGUUAUGAAUUAAAAUACAUGAAUUAUAAGACAAGUAAAUUUAUGAAAAGAAUACAUUAUAUAUGUAUAAGAUAAGGGCUAUGUACCACGGCAUACUGUGGUGUAUCCAUUCAUACUGUCCAGUUACCACAAGACUGAAUUUUAUUCAGAAAAUUGGUUUAUCAUACCAAACGUAUUGAACUUUUUUAUCAGUAUGUAAGCUUUGUUGAUUAAAUUUAUGAAGUAAUUAUUAUCAUUGUCAAAAUUUUAAUUUCUAAAAUAGAACAUAAUUUCUUUAUAUUUUAGAGUUUACCUGUAUGCCAUGCGUAUAUUGCUGUAUAUCAGUAUUUGUAUGCAAUACAAACUUCAAAAUGUGUAAUUUAGUUGACAAUUAUGUUGCUCAUAUGCAUUCUCCACAAAGUUUCUGUUUAUGUUCACUUACAUUGAUUUUUUUUUUAACUUUCUUAAUAACUUGAUGUAUUUAUCGGACCUUGGUAAUUCCUAUACUUUUACAUGACAGAUUUAGAGUGGAAUAACUUAUUGUUUCAUUCAUGUAUGGUUGAUUUUUGUAAGAUAUUACAAAGCAGAGUGAAUAUUCUCUACAAUUUAGCGUUUAGUAAAUAGAUAAAUUAAGAGUAUUUAUUUGUCACGAUUCUCAGUUGUGGGGAGUAGAAGGAAACAUGUUAACAAAACAUGUUAAAAUUUGUCAAAAGUGUCUAAUUAGUUGAGUGUGAUGUGUUGAAAUGCUCUGUGAGUCAGGAACCUGAAUCUGUCUAUAUUUAGAUAGAGCCAGUGUUCUUAUUUUAGAUUCUAUUCCGUCAGCAAUCCAAAUAACACAUCAGAUCAACUGAAUUCAACAUUGUUUUGAUUUGAAAAUGCAUUAUGUAAGAAUUAGAUAAAGAGUUGAUUAUAGGCUUGUCAUGUGAAUAAAUGUCUAAUAUAAUAAUUAAAGAUACAUUAUGUAAGAUUUAGAUAAAGAAUUAGCCAUUCUUGCUAUAAUAGUUCGAAAGUAGAUGAUGUAAAAUGAAUAAUUUGAAAAUUUCAUUCAAAUUACUCUAUUGCAAGCGAAGAUAUUGGCCUUUGAAGGUUUGACAGACAUGUUCAAUAAUUUCAACCACGGUCCUGGUUGAUCGAAGCUAAGUCUCGGUCCGUCUGGGUCCGCCAUAUUUGAUUAAAUCAAACUAACGCUGAACCAUUCUAAUCUAUUUAAUAUCGGAGAAAUCUGAUGCCAUCGAUAGUUGAUUAAGGCCUGGAUCAGUUAAUUAAUGUCUAAUUAAUACUUUAGAAAACAUUUCAGGCCUAAAGAAAGACCUGCAAUAGGCAGAUUUAGCUCUUGCAUAAUGCAUGUUUAAUAUAACAUUUGAAGCCAAAGACCUUCAUUAGUCAUAUUUAGCUCUUACAUAAUGCAUCUUUAAAUUAAACAGGUUAUUACUCCUAUACCUAUUACUCUUUGAGGUGUCAAAAAUUCUCUACUAAGUCUGAUAUUAUUGUUUGUUAGAAAAUAACCAAACUUGGGCUUACUUUGUCUUAUCAAGAUACCUAGUUCAUGAUAAAAUGCAUAAUAGGUAUAUAAUCAUUGUUUAUUCCCCAUUAUCUUUACAUAUGAUCAUGUCUAGACAAUAGUAUUGUUAUGGUAAAAGAUAUAUUUGUAUAUUUCCAUUUAUUAUGUAAAUAGUCUUUAAAUGGAUUUUAAAAGUAUUUCUUUGUAAUAUAGUAUCUAUUAAAGGAAUGCAACAUCUA